CGACGCCAUAGCUUUUCCUCGUGCGUGGAUUAGUUGAACGUGAAUAAAUAUUAACGUAAAAAUAACAAUAUCAAAACAAGAAAGUCCUUGUGCGUAGAAUGCAAAUGCAAGCCAUGAAUAACUUCGGCAAUCAAAGAGGAUUUGGUGGACCACCGCAACCUCAACGGCAAGGAGGUCGUCGUGGUAAUAACAGAGGAUUUCGUAAUUCGAGAUUUGAGCAUAAUAGACCUCAACAGGGACAAGGAGGUCAACGGCCUAGUAAUGAGAAGGCAACAUCACAAUCGAAUCAGCCUGCUGAGAAAUCUAAUCAACAGCAGCAGCAGCAAAACCAACCUAAACAGCAAUCGUCUAGGCCACAGCAAAAAAUGGAAACUACAAAUGUACCACAAUCCACCAAUCAACAACAACAGAGCCAACAACAACCACAACAACAGCAACAAAUACCACAACAACAGCAGAAACAGAUGCAACAACAACAACAGCAGAAACCUGUUAAUGCUCCUGCAAAAUCGGAACCUCAAGAAAAUACUGACAAACCGAAAUUUGAACCAAAUAACCAGAACCAACAAAUUAAUCAACAUAACAAUCUAAACACGCAGCAACAAAAGAAUAUUAAUGGAAACUUCGGUGGACCUAAUAAACAAGGAGGAUCCUGGAACCAUGGUGGUGGACCUGGGAACAAACAAGGAAACAAACCCUUUGGUUCUAAGUCUUCUGGUGGUCCACUUGGGUCUGGUGGUACUGGUCCAGCUCGCAAUCAACAGCGUAAUAGCAACAUGCGGGGACCCCCAGGGCAGGAUAACAUGAAGCCUGCCCAAAGAGAGGAAAUUAUUUUAUCUAAUAAACUCAAGGAUUUGCAAGGACCUCUGUUUGACUUGCCACCAAUGGAACAAUCAGAAGUGAAGUUUAAUGGGAGAAGCAGAUUAUACAUAGGCAAUUUAACAAAUGAUGUGACUGAAGAGGAAAUUAUGAAGAUGUUUAGUCCCUUUGGAGAAGCUUCUGAAUUAUUCUUGAACAAAGAAAAGAACUUUGGAUUCAUUAAAAUGGAUUAUAGAGUUAAUGCAGAGAGAGCAAAACGUGAAUUGGAUGGAAAAUUGAGGAACAGUAGAACCCUGAGAGUAAGGUUUGCACCACACAAUAGUGCAGUGCGUGUAAAAAACCUUCCGCCAUUUGUUUCAAAUGAGCUAUUAUAUCGUUCAUUUGAAAUAUUUGGAAAAAUUGAGAGGGCUUAUGUAAAAGUUGAUGAAAGAGGAAAAACUCUAGGAGAAGGUGUUGUAGAAUUUGCACGCAAACCAAGUGCCUUAUCUGCAAUUCGUAACUGCACAGAAAAAUGUUUCUUCUUGACAUCAUCCCUACGCCCAGUCAUUGUUGAAAGCUUUGAAGAACCCGAUGAAUUCGAUGGAUAUCCUGAAAAGAAUCUUCCCAAGAAACAUCCAGAAUUUACGAAAGCUCGUGAGCUUGGACCACGUUUCUCAGAGUUAAAUAGUUUCGAACAUGAAUAUGGAACUAGAUGGAAGCAACUGCAUGAACUUCAUCGUCAGAAAGAAGAGGCGCUGAAGAAAGAGCUUGCUGCUGAAGAAGAAAAACUUGAGGCACAAAUGGAGUAUGCCAAGUACGAGCACGAGACGGAGCUGCUGCGCGAGCAGCUGCGGCAGCGCGAGCAGGACCGCGAGCGGCAGAAGCGCAGCUGGGAGAUGGCGGAGCGCGCGGCCGACGAGCGGCGCGAGGCCGAGCGCCAGCAGCUCAUGCGCCACGAGGAGGAGCUGUCGCAGCGCAUGCGCCUGCAGGACGACGAGCUGCGCCGCCGCCAGCAGGAGAACACGCUCUUCGUGCAGGCCCAGAGAUUGAACUCUAUGCUGGAUCGUCAAGAACAAGGAAUGUUUGAUCAACAGCAGCCAAUGGAUGGAGGCUACAGAGACCAGUACGACAUGCAGUGCGGGAGUUAUGACGACAUGCCGCCAGGCCGCGGUUGGGAUGGACCUCGCCCAUUGGAUGAUUACCCUAAUAAACGUCGUCGUUUCUAAACAAACAUAAAUACAUCACACAUUGCGAUGACAAAAAGCGCACGUCUUCCAAUCAGUGCGCAUAUUACUUUUGUAUCAAGUCUUUUGUUAGUUCAAAUAAGGGUGUGUGUGAGAGAGAGAGUUUUAAUAUUUGGACGCAAGAUAAGGUAGAAUAAAAUUUUCGCAAUUUUCUCGAUUUUUAGUUUGUAGGGAUUCACUAAAUAAGUCUUAGCCGUGAAUAAGUUAGCUUAACGUUUAGUGAAAUUACAAACCAUGCCUACAAUAAUUGGUUUAUGUAAAAGAAAACAAACUUUGUAUUGAAAUAGUUAUAAGUAAUUUAAACGUUUAUUGCGAAGUACCUUUAUUUGUCUAACUACAGGCUUGAAUAUUCUAAAUCAAAUUGUAUUUUAGCCCCUUUUUCAUAUUUAUAAGGAAAUUGACACACGUAGUACUGCAAUGUAUAGGGAUUUUAGUUCGCAUUUAGUCUGCAUUGGAUCAUGAAUGCUUGAACAAUUUAGUACAUAGAUAUUUAGAACUUAUAAUUUACGUAAUCUAAACUGAUGUCUAUACAAUUUGGGAUGUGCAGUACAUUUAUACAUUUACUGCUAUAGUAGUAUCUUUUAAAAUAGACUUAUCAGAAUUCCGUGCUUAUUUUUUAAAGUGCGAUUCUUUCAGUGUUAAUAAUCUCUUUAUAUCAAAUACAGCAAACUUGCUGUUUGAAAGGAGAUAAUGAAAUAAUUCUUAUUAGCGUAUGUCUUUUAAAAAAUAAGAGUUAAAAUAAUUUGAUAUUUAGUGUCCAUUUUUAUUGAUUAAAAUUAAGAUUAUAGCGCGAGAUAUGAGUGUUUAUUAAAUUGAGAUUUAACUUUUAUGGUUUGAACCGGUAUAUAUAUAUUGUGGAGAACCCACACUUAAAUAUUGUGCUCUAAUAAAUAAAUUAGUCGGGUAAACAGCGAAGAAUUGUUAUUUUGAACCUAUUUCUUAUAUUAUAACUUUCUUA